AUGUAUCAGGGUGAGGUUUUUAUUGAAGAAAGCAAAUUAUCAUCAUUUUUGCAUACUGCAGCAUUAUUGCAAGUAAAGGGAUUGACAGGAGUUACACAUCAGAACGAAACAUUUUCAUCCCCAAGAACAACUACUAAGUUAUAUACACAGUUGACUAUAUCCUCAAAAUCAAACUUUGGUUCAGCUCAAAAAGAAGCAAAAGUGCCAGCGCUGAAGAAAAGACGUAGCAGCACAUCAGACAAACCAAAUGAUAUUGUAAACAUUGAAAGCCAUAAAAAGACUAGGGUUCUCGAAACAUGUGAUUUAUAUAAUAGAAACAAUGGUUCACAUUCAAUUAAAGUGGAUAACCCUGUAUUCGUAUCUGAAAAUCAUAUUGACAAUAAAGUUGAAAGCAAAGCUGACACACCGAUUAUUACAACAAAUGGUAAAAGUUCUUCCACUACCCAGGGAAGUACUCAUGAAGAAGUUCCUGUAUCAAUAAAAACAGAAUGGAUUGAUGACAAUACUUCUGCUUCGUGUCCAACUAUAAACUCAGAAAAUGAUGACAGUCUCCCUGAUUAUGAAAAUAGUAUGCUGGCUAGAUCUCUGCUUUCAGGCAUUAACCCCUCAAAAAGUGAUAUUACAACUAACACAGCUAAAAAAGUCCCACCUGUUCUGGAUUUACAUUGUACAAGGCAAAAAGAAACUAACGCUGAAUCUGGUUGUAUCAAUAAUGCCUUUACUAAAAGUCCCAAAAGUGCAUCAACGGAGGAGGCAAUUGUUAAGUGCGGGCGCGGGCACGCGGCGGCGGCGUAUCGAUUCCGCGCCGCCUUCAGUCGGCGUCCGCCGAGCGCCGCGCUGCGCCGAGCGCCGGCGAGCGCCCGUCCCACGCCCCUCCACCGGCCCCCCAGGCCCUCCUCGCCCAAAUCUCUCGCCGUCGCCGGCAAACUCGAACGGCCUCUUUUCGCUAACCAACGUCGCAGCCGCGCCGUCGCGCUC